UUGAGCCGUUCACCUGUCCUGUUCCUAAUUGUUAUUGCGAAUCGCGUGCUGAUCGCUUUCUUUGUAUGGCUUUUAUUGGCGGUUUAAUGUUUGAUCGUUGAUUACCGCUCGAAGCUGGUGGCCACAGCUGCGCCAUUACACGGCAUUACUAUUUUACACUAUAGUUAACUGUAUCGUCUGUUUGGGACCGGAAACGUAUUCGGCGAGGUGCACACCAACUCCUCCAAACACACGUUCGAUAGUAUAUUAUUAUCCAUCAUUCGUACUUUCCUGUCUGAAUUCUGCAAUCGGCCGUUGGUGAUUUGUAACCUGUAGCCUACCGCGAGAACCUUCCCAAUCAUGUCUAACUACGCGGGAAACCCGAACACGAAGCUGUUCGUCAAAAAGCGUGAUGGCCGAUUGGAAGAAGUGCUAAUGGACAAGAUCACUUUGCGAAUUGAACAAUUAUGCGACGGCCUCAACAUGGACUUCAUUGAUCCGCCUGAAAUUACACUAUAUGUCAUUGGUGAUUUAUGCCCAGGUAUAACUACUGUACAAAUUGACAAUUUAGCUGCUGAAACGGCUGCUUAUUUAACAACUAAACAUCCAGAUUUUGCUGUACUUGCUGCACGUAUUGCAAUUUCUAAUCUUUAUAAAGAAACUAAAGAAAACUUCAGUGAUGUUAUUUAUGAUUUGUAUAACAUGUCCAAUGAACGAAAUCAAAGCCGUAUGCCAAUCAUUUCUGAUUUUCAUUAUGGUAUUGUCAUGAAACACGCUGAUCGUUUAAAUAAUGCUAUUAAACAUGAUAGAGAUUAUACUUACAGUUAUUUUGGAUUUAAGACACUUGAAAAGUCAUAUUUAUUAAAAAUUGAUGGUAAAGUUGUAGAACGUCCUCAACAUUUAUUAAUGAGGGUUUCAAUUGGUAUUCAUGGUGAAGAUAUUGACGCAGCCAUAGAAACUUAUGAUUUAAUGUCAUUAAAGUAUUUUACUCAUGCUUCACCAACAAUGUUCAAUGCUUCCACACCUAGACCUCAACUUUCAAGUUGUUUUUUGGUGGCUAAUAAAUCAGAUGAAUUGGAAGACUUUGGUAAAACAGUUAAAACAUGUGCCAAAAUUUCUCAAUCUGCUGGUGGUAUUGGUGUACAUCUCCACAAUGUUGGUGCAGCUGGUACAAAAUGGACUAAGUAUCCAAAAUGUGAAUCACAUGGUCUUGUUGAACCUUUGAAAGUUCUGAAUGAUUUGGCUCAAUAUAUUGACCAAGGGGGAAGAAGACCAGGGGCAGUUGCUGUUUACAUUGAGCCUUGGCAUGCUGAUAUAUAUACCUAUACAGAAUUACGUAAAAAUACUGGCAAUAAAGAAGAAAAAACUAGAGAUUUAUUUUUGGCUCUUUGGAUACCUGAUGAAUUUAUGAGACGUGUUGAGGCUGAUCAAUCUUGGAGCUUAAUGUGUCCGCGUAAAUGUCCUGGUCUUUCAGAUGUCUGGGGCGAUGAAUUUGUGAAACUUUACAAAAAGUAUGAAGAUGAAAAACUUUACAAUAAACAGGUACCAGCAAGAGAAUUAUGGUUCCGUAUAAUAACUUCUCAAAUUGAAACCGGUAUGCCGUAUAUGUUGUAUAAAGAUGCAUGUAAUGCCAAAAGCAAUCAAAAAAAUCUUGGUACAAUUAAAUGUAGCAAUCUUUGUACUGAAGUCAUUCAGUUUACUUCGGAAGAAGAGGUAGCAGUAUGUAAUCUAGCUUCAAUUGCGGUAAAUAUGUUUGUAAAACCCAAUGGAGAAUAUGAUUUUGAAAAACUUUUAAAAAUUACUAAAAUUGUCACUAGAAAUUUGAACAGAGUUAUAGAUGUUAACUUUUAUCCUGUCAUAGAAGCUGAAACUUCAAAUAAACGACAUCGUCCUAUUGGGAUUGGUAUCCAAGGAUUGGCAGAUUUAUUCUCAUUGAUGCGAUUUCCUUUUGGUUCUCCUGAAUCAAGAAAACUUAAUUUACAAAUAUUUGAGACUUUGUAUUAUGGUGCGUUAGAAGCUAGUUGUGAAUUAGCUGAAAAAUAUGGAACUUAUUCAUCUUAUCAAGGAUCACCAAUUAGUCAAGGAAUUUUACAGUAUGAAAUGUGGAAUGUAAAGCCUAGUGAUUUAUGGAAUUGGGAAAUAUUGAAAGAAAAAAUUGCUAAACACGGUGUUAGAAAUUCAUUGUUAUUAGCACCAAUGCCUACUGCUUCAACAGCUCAAAUUCUGGGCAAUAAUGAAUCUAUUGAACCAUACACAACAAAUUUAUAUUACAGACGUACUCUUAGUGGAGAAUUUAGUGUGAUCAAUCGUCAUUUAUUGAAUGAUCUAAUUAAGCUUAACCUAUGGAAUGAAGAGAUGAGGAAUGAAUUGAUUUACUUCAAAGGAUCAGUACAGAAAAUUAAAAGUAUUCCAGACAAUAUUAAAGAAUUAUACAAAACAAAUUGGGAACUAUCUCAAAAAAUAAUAUUAGAUAUGGCUGCAGAUCGAGGGGCAUAUAUUGAUCAAUCUCAGUCAUUAAAUAUUCACAUUGAGCAACCAACUAUUAGUAAAAUAUCAUCUGUACAUUUUUACGGAUGGAGAAAGGGCUUAAAAACUGGUAUGUACUAUUUGCGUACCAGACCAGCUGCUGAUCCUAUACAGUUUACGGUUGAUAAAAGUACACUGUCUAAUAAUGUUGCAAUUCAAACUGAGAAGAAUGAUGCAUUAAAUAUGGAACAAUUGGUGUGUUCGUUAGAAAACAAAGAUGCUUGCACAAUGUGUGGUGCUUAGAUCACUGUGAUUCAUAAUUAUACAUUUGAUCUGUAAGGUUAUUGAUGCACCAAAUGAUGUCUAUAUUUAUAAUUUAUGUGGUGAUUUCACUAUCAUUUUUAUUGUAAUUCCUUUUUUAACUUUAUUUUUUGUAUUAUGUAAGUACUUACUAUAAUUCAUUAUCUGUGGUAUACUGUUUAUUGUUUACACAUAAUGGGAAAUAUGUUAAAAAAAAUUCCCAAUUUAUAAACAAAGUUAUAUUUUAAUUUUAUCAAUUAUAAUUUUUUACAUAAAUAUACCAUACUAUUGUAAUAAAA